AUGGAGGGCGCCGAGCCCCGCGCGCGGCCCGAGCGCCUGGCCGAGGCCGACGCGCGGGCGGCCGACGGCGGGCGCUUGGUGGAGGUGCAGCUGAGCGGCGGCGCCCCGUGGGGCUUCACCCUGAAGGGCGGCCGCGAGCACGGCGAACCGCUGGUCAUCACCAAGAUUGAAGAAGGAAGUAAAGCUGCGGCAGUGGACAAGUUACUGGCCGGGGACGAGAUCGUCGGCAUCAACGACAUUGGUCUCUCAGGGUUUAGACAGGAGGCGAUUUGCCUGGUGAAGGGCUCUCAUAAAACCCUGAAGCUGGUAGUGAAAAGGAAGAAUGAGCUGAGCUGGAGGCCUCACUCCUGGCAUGCCACCAAGUUUUCUGAUAGCCACCCCGACACAUCAGCAUCUCCGUUCCCCUCUGCCAGCUCCUGUCCUUCCUGGCAUGGCCGUCACCACCCCAGUUCUUCCUCCCAUGACCUGUCUGGCACGUGGGAGCACACGAAUCUGCAGCGUACCUCUGACCACUUUAGUUCCCUGGGGAGCGUCGACAGCCUGGACCACCCUUCCCAGCCCUACCCCUCCAGACGCCUCUCUGCCGCCAGGUCCAAUGGCAGCAUCGACCACCUGGGCGGCCCGAGCAAGCGGGACUCAGCUUACGGCUCAUUCUCCACCAGCUCCAGCACGCCCGACCACACCUUGCCCAAGGCUGAUGCGUCCUCUGCGGAGAACAUCCUCUACAACGUGGGCCUGGGGGAGGCCUGUAGGCCGGGCGGCCGGCAGGGCCAGGCUGCCAGUGACCCCCAGGGCCUGGAGGACAGGCUCGGGUACUUCCCACCCCGGGUCCCCCGUGACGGCAGCAGAAGCCCCAGGCCAGAGGACAGUCCUGAGACCAAGCUGGCCACCCCUGGAAAAUCAAAUUUGGGACCGGUUUGGUAUGUCCCCGAUAAGAGAAAAGCACCUUCCUCCCCUCCUCCACCGCCUCCCCCUCUCCGCAGUGACAGCUUCGCUGCCACCAAGAGCCACGAGAAGGCCCAGGGCCCUCUGCUCUCAGACACCGCCAGUGUGCAGCACUUUCCAGGCCCGCCCCAGGCCCAGCCCCGCAGUGACUGGAGACCAGAGCCCGCCAGUCAGCAGUGGAGGCCGGCACGGCCCGGCAAUGGGAAGAGAGUCGGGAGCUCGGGCCCUGCGCCCCACGUCCCCCUGGACCAUGGGGUGCCGACCCCUGACCACAGGCCGGGUGGCCUCCCAGGGGCCCCCGGCCGGCUUCAGGCCUCCCUGUCCAGCACGGACGUGCGUUUCCCGCAGGCCUCCUGUGGCUGCCAGCACCCGCGCCAGUACAGUGACGAGAGUCCCUUCUGUCACGACGGCCCCAGGGCCGCCUCGUCGCUGAGGGAGCAGCACUGUGUGGCCGUCCCUGGUGGCCGCCAGGAGCCUUCUGCCCACUGUGUCCAGGACGACGGCCCCACUCGGCUCAGGUGGCCCGGUGCCACCGAACAGAAGGGCAACAGCGGUGGGCAGAGCCGCUACUACUGUGUGACCAGCAGACAGUGCCUGCAGGCAAGCGCCCAGGCGGGACAGCCCCACGAGGAAUAUUGGCAGUCUGACGGGGCCGCAGAAGCCCACGAACUCCCCACUGAGCACCCAAUGGGCCACGGGCCCUGGGGUCACAUCCAGCACGAGGAGGAGGCCUCGGACACCCGUGAGAGCGACCAGGCAGCCAAGGGCCACCCCGUGGGAAGCGAGGAGCCACAGACAGCCGCCCACGGGGCAGGAGCGGUGGGGAAGGAAGCCGCCGACGGCUUCCUGUGGGCCGCGGGAGAAAGCGGCAAGAUCUCCCCUCGGAAGACGCCUAUGCUUCACUCGCUGGCCCGGGAGGGGGCGCGCCCGCCCGACGACGGCCCGGGAGCUGGUGCCGAAAGGCCGCCCCCGUUCGACGGCCAGGUGGGCAGAGCCACCCGGAGAAGCGACCGCUUCGCCACCACCCUGAGGAACGAGGUCCAGAUGCGCCGAGCCAACCUGCAGAAGAGCAGAAGCACGGUGGCGCUGGCUGGGGCCGACGAGGCGGCUCGGGAGGCCGGCGGCUGGCAGGUGGAGCCGGGAGGCAUCCCCGGCACCUCCCCAGAAGGUUCCUUCCGGGGCACCUAUAAAGACCACCUGAAGGAGGCCCAAGCCCGGGUCCUGAGGGCCACGUCCUUUAAGCGCCGCGACUUGGAGCCCGGCCCGGCCGAUCGUCCCGCGGGGUCAGCCGAGCCGCGGACUGAGGAGCACGGCACACAUCUGGAUGCCACCCCCCACUUCUGGGAGGGGGGCCUGCCCAAGCCGUCCCCGUCUGGAGGGGGCCUGCCGCACGUUCCCCGCAUUGGGGCCCGGAAACGGUUCACGGUGCAACAGAAGCUGAAAUCGUACUCCGAACCCGAGAAAAUGAACGAGGUGGGGCUCGCAGGGCCCGAUCGCCCCCACCGGCACCCCGGUGCGUCCGAGGACACCAUGGGCACAUUCGCCGACAGGUGCAAGUUUUUUGAGGAAAGCAGCAGACCCAUUCACCAGAGACCUGGGCAGAGGCAAGUGCUCUGUGGAUUCCCGAAGGAGAAGCUGGAGAGGCCGCGGACAGCGGGCCACGGGUACGAGGGUGCAGAGCCUUGGUUCCAGAACAGGGCCCACACGACCUCCCUUGGAGAGAACCCCAGCAGUCACGGAAAAACGGCGACCAUGGGAAAACCAGAACCGCCUCAGAGACUUGGAACCUUUGCUGAGUAUCAAGCCUCUUGGAGGGAGCAGAGAAACGCUCUAGAAGCCAGGAGUUCUGGGCGGUAUCACUCAGCGGAUGACAUCUUGGACGCAGGUCUGGAUCAGCACGAGAGGCCACAGUACGUUCAUGGAAGGUCCCGUUCCUCACCAUCCACAGACCCCUACAAACAGGAAGCUGCCAUCGAACCACAACAGCAAGUGGGGGACGCUGGUGAGCACAGGCAACUUUCUGCCACCGUCCGGGCCGAGGAGGGACGCCCUAAUCCGAGACAAGCAGAUGUCCGACGGCCGGCAAGCGGUGCGGCAGGACAGCAGGACUCCCGGACGCCGGCCCAGCUCGGUCAGCCGUCUCCCGCCUGGGGGGCUCCGGAGGUGCCCCCGGAGGCCCGCGGCCGAGCGGGGACCCUCCCUCGAGACUACAGAUCCUCGGAGGGCGCGCCCUCGGCCCCGCACACCCGCGGGCAGGAGCCCAGGCCCUUGAGCGCCGCGCCCGUCCCCAAGCAGCCAGCCCCGCGGAGGCCGCCACCGCCACCGCCGCCCAAGCGUGAGCCCGGGCAGUUGGGGGGCCUGGCCGGCGGCACCCCCAGCGGGCCCCUGCCGUCCCCCGAGGCCACGGACGCGUGCGCCCCCCGCCCGGCCCUCGGCCAAAGGCCCGAAGACGGCGAGCGCGCGGGGCGGCAUGUAGACGGGCACCCGGCCGGGCCUGAGAGCCAAGCCCCGCUCCCUUCCUCGCUGCGGGCCCCGCGCCCGGCCGCCAUGGAGACUUCUCGCUCCCCUUCGCCCCAGUUCGCCCCGCAGAAGCUCACGGACAGACCUCCCCUGCUGGUCCAGGACGAGAGUUCCACCAGAAUCGAGCGGGUGAUUGACAACAAUACCACUGUGAAGAUGGUGCCCAUCAAGAUUGUGCACUCGGAGAGCCGGCCUGAGAAGGAGAGCCGCCAGGGCCUGGCCCGCGCCACCGAGCUGCCCACACUGCCCAGCGGGCUGGAGAAAGACCACAUCAAGACCCUCAGCACCUCGGAGCAGUUCUACUCCCGCUUCUGCGUGUACAGCCGCCAGGGCGCCGAGCCCCAGCCCCAGCACCCCGAAGCCCCCGCGCCCACUGCCAAGGACAGCGGGGCCUCUCCGCCCGGGUUCAGCUACAUGAAGACCAAGGAGAGGACAGCCGAAGACCUGAAGUCAGAAGAGCUGGCCCGGGAGAUCGUGGGCAAGGAGAAGUCUCUGGCCGACAUCCUGGACCCCAGCGUGAAGAUCAGAACCACCAUGGACCUGAUGGAGGGGAUCUUCCCCAAAGACGAGCACCUGCUGGAAGAAGCCCAGCAGCGGAGGAAGCUGCUCCCCAAAGUCCCCUCUCCUGGGACCACGGACGAGAAGAGAGAGGAGCCGAGCGUGCCGGCGGCCAUGUCCCUGGCCACCAGCUCCACGUACUACAGCACUUCGGUCCCCAAGGCGGAGCUGCUGAUCAAGAUGAAGGAUCUGCAGGAGCAGCAGGAGCCCGAGGAGGAUUCGGGGAGCGACUUGGACCACGACCUGUCGGUGAAGAAGCAGGAGCUCAUCGAGAGCAUCAGUCGCAAGCUGCAAGUGCUUCGGGAAGCCCGGGAGAGCCUGCUGGAGGACAUCCGUGCCAACAGCGCACUGGGGGACGAGGUGGACGCCAUCGCCAAAGACGUGUGCAAACCCAACGAGUUUGACAAGUUCCGCAUGUUCAUUGGGGACCUGGACAAAGUGGUGAACCUUCUGCUGUCGCUGUCGGGCCGUCUGGCGCGGGUAGAAAACGCCCUCAAUAAUUUGGAUGACACUACUUCUCCUGGUGAUCGGCAAUCGCUGCUCGAGAAGCAGCGGGUCCUCAUCCAGCAGCACGAGGACGCCAAGGAACUGAAGGAGAACCUGGACCGCUGGGAGCGGAUCGUGUUCGACAUCCUGGCCAGCUACCUCAGCGAGGAGAGCCUGGCCGACUGCGAGCACUUCGUGAAGAUGAAGUCCGCCCUCAUCAUCGAGCAGCGCGAGCUGGAAGACAAGAUACACCUGGGCGAGGAGCAGCUCAAGUGUCUGUUCGACAGCCUGCAGCCAGAAAGAGGCAAAUAG